UUCCUUUGUGUAAUGUCUCCUUCCUCACAGACUCCUCCUAUCUACCUGAUCUGAGGUAUAAAGGACACUUGUUUUCUCACAGAUACACUCUGUUUGCUGAGAGGUAUUGGCUGAAAUUCGGCUUAUACUGCAGGUUCCCUCACAGCUGUCCAGUUAUUUUAACAGCAUCUCAGGCAUUGUAUAACUGCCACAGAUCCUUUAAGAAGACAUGUCUUUUGGCCUGGAGCUAAUAGGUAUCAUCUCAUGUGUUCUGGGCUGGCUUUUGGCCAUCUUGGCUUGUACUCUCCCCACGUGGAGGGUCACAGCCUUCAUCGGAUCCAACAUCGUGACGGCUCAGAUUAUCUGGGAUGGCCUGUGGAUGUCCUGCGUGGUUCAGAGCACCGGACAGAUGCAGUGUAAAGUUUAUGACUCCAUGCUGGCUCUCUCUCAGGAUCUUCAAGCGGCUCGAGCUCUGACUGUCAUAUCCAUCCUUCUGACCGUCCUGGCUGUACUGGUGUCCAUCGGAGGAGCGAAGUGCACUAACUGUAUUGAAGACGAGUCGUCCAAAGCUAAAGUCAUGAUCCUAGGAGGUGUGCUGUUUAUCAUAGCUGGGCUUAUGCAGCUGAUUCCUGUGUCCUGGUCUGCAAACAGCAUCAUCAGGGACUUUUACAACCCUUUGCUUCCUGACGCUCGGAGACGGGAGAUGGGAGCAGCGCUCUACAUCGGCUGGGCAGCAGCUGCGCUCCUGAUUUUGGGGGGAUCAUUGCUCUGUUGCUCCUGCCCUCCAGUGAGGAAAAAAUCGAGCCCAUCUAGGAUGCCGUAUCCUGGGUCUCGCUCAACCGGUGGAGGAGGCUAUGACAGAAGAGACUAUGUGUGAAACAAACAAAGGACAACUCUGAACUCAGUGUUGCAGUGCUCAGUGCACAGGCAUCAUUUUCUGAAAAUAUGCCACACAUUCUCCAUCGUGGAGAAACAUGUUUGAUGACUUCGGUCUCCAUGUAAGUACGAUGUUGGCUGUUCAGAAUGUAAUGACACUGACAGUGAGAAAUGGCCUUUUGUAAUUGCUGUGAAAAUGCAAAUUAGGUCUCCUACGUUCAGCUGAAAUCUCAACGAAUCAUCAUUUUUAGUUAACUGAGGUGUAUUAAGCGUAUGUGUUUUUUUUACGUUUUUUUUUUUUUUUUGGACUAGUUGCACUAAGAUGUUAUGUUUGAUUUUUUUAUGUAU